AUGAUUCUUUUUCUCUCUCUUGUCAUUCUGAGCCUUCAAAGCUUCUUCUGCGCGGCCAUUAAUAACUUUGAAGAGGAAUUGGGGAUUUUAAAUCCUUUCUCUUUGCAUGGAAUGAGAGCCCAUCCUGGUUUUUAUGAGGAGUUGGAAGGAGAUGAGGGGAGAUUGUUGGAGAGGGGCUUCGAUCGAAUUAGUGAAUUUCAAGGGGGGUCCAAGGAGAAGGUGGUUAAUGUGAAGGACUAUGGUGCAAAAGGUGAAGGAGUUGACGAUACUAAGGCAUUUUUAAAGGCAUGGAAUGCAGCUUGCUCCUCUAACAGUCCGGUAUCUUAUAUUAUACCAAAGGGUAACACAUACUUGCUCAAGCCCAUCACAUUUUCAGGUCCCUGCAAAUCACAUAUUUCAGUGAUGAUUAUGGGGACUAUUGAAGCUUCUGCAAACCCAUCAGAUUGGUCUGGAAAGAAUCAAAGGCUAUGGAUUUACUUCAACGAAGUAAACAAUCUUGCUGUUCUUGGAGGGGGAACCAUUAAUGGUAAUGGCAAGAUUUGGUGGCAAAAAUCAUGCAAAAUAGAUAAAUCACAACCCUGCAAAGAUGCACCCACGGCCUUAACUUUUAAUGCAUGCAAUGGGCUGAGAGUUCAGAGCUUGAAUGUGAUAAAUAGCCAGCAGAUACAUGUUGAGUUUGAGAACAGCAAAAAUGUAAUGGUUUCAAAUGUCAUUAUAAAUGCACCCGGCAAUAGCCCUAAUACAGAUGGAAUCCAUGUCACAAGAACCCAAAAUAUUAGCAUUAAUCAUUGCACUAUUGCCACUGGAGAUGAUUGUAUCUCGAUAGUUAGUGGAUCUCAAGGCGUGCAUGCUAAUAACAUAGUUUGUGGACCGGGUCAUGGAAUCAGUAUUGGAAGCUUGGGAGCAAAAGGUUCCACCGACCAAGUCUCAGAUGUGACCGUUGAUACUGCACAAUUUAUUGGUACUUCAAAUGGGGUUCGUAUCAAGACCUGGCAGGGUGGAAGAGGCUAUGCAAAGAAAAUAGUAUUCAAAAACAUUAAAAUGAGCAACGUUAAAAACCCAAUAAUCAUCGACCAAAACUACUGCGACUCCAGCAAGCCAUGCACCCAACAGAAAUCAGCGGUGCAAGUGAGCGACGUGCAGUACAGUAAUAUAAAGGGAACAAGUGCAUCAAAAUUCGCGAUAAACUUCAACUGCAGCAGAAGCUUUCCAUGCAGUGGGAUUAUAUUAGAAGGCAUAGACUUGGUUAAAAAUGGCGGUGGUUCAGCCAAAAGCUUCUGUGCUAAUGUUAAGUUGACCAAGAAAGGCACAGUCAUCCCACCACCAUGCGCUUGAUUUGUAAAUAACAAGUUUU